AUGGAUUUGGAAGCCUACUUCGGACAGUUCGGAGAGCUGGCCGACGUGUAUGUGCACGGAAAGGGCAUUGCCUUCGUUAGCUUGAAGGACCCAAUGGUGGCCCAGCAGAUCCUGCAGAACAAGGAGCACUUCGUCAAGCCAGACGUGUCCGUCCUUGUAGACCAGGCGUUGGACCGACCUAGCGGAAAAGGCACGAAGGGCCUCGUUAGCCAGCAGCCGCAAUUGCCAACGCAAGCACCAGCCUUUGCCUUUGCAACUCCACAGGCUUUUCCUGCUUUUCCAGGUGCCAUGGCGUUUCAGCCAGCUUUCCAGGGACUGCAGACGGGGUACCAGCAGCCGCAGCAGGUUUGGGGUGGAAAAGGAGGGUUUAUGCGCUUCGGCCCCUACUGA